AGGUGUUGUUGUCCCUUGAGUCAGCUGUUGCCUGGUUGACGGCCCGAUUGAGACUUAUUACACAGGGAAGGAGACUUUUCCGAGGCGAAUAGACGACACCAGUGCACGGAAAUAAUACGAAGAUAAUAAUUAAGCCCCAAAGAAGCCCUGAGACUCAGCCCAGGACGUGUGGAGCAGAAUGGAGAGCCAGCCUUGAGAGGGGAAGGAAGGAAGGAGAAGGAUCAGGGAGGGACAUGUUAGGUCACUCCCUGGUGCCCUGAGCUGCUUGACCCCGCCCCAGCCAGCCAGUCACACCACAGACACACACAGAGCAGCCAGCAAGAUGAGGCUACGGUACUCGUCCAUGGUGUUCGGCGUGGCGCUAUGCCUGGCCACGCUGGUGCUGCUUUACCAAGUGCUGAGUCUGCCGGGCGAUAUCUCACCGCCUGGCGAACAGAAGGAGAUCCUGUCCCUGGAGUCUCGUCUGCGGCGCUUGGAGAACAACAUCCAGGCCAACCAACACACCAUCUCGGAGAUCAAGUCCCUGGUGCGGCAGCUGUCCAAGACCAGCGCCAGGGCCAGCUCCAUCCUGGGCACUCAGAUCGGGGCGCACCCUAACAAGUUUGUGAGGAACGGCAUAGGGUCUGUGGGGGUGGAGGGGGGUGCCGCGGGGGGGAGUGCCAUAGCUGUGCCGGGCAUGAAAAACCUGAGCCAUGCCUCCGUGAUGCCCGACGACUGUGUGUUCGCCACCAUGACAACGCCGCCCGUGGAUAUGUCGAUGGACCGCGUGUACGAGCAGCUCAAAUUUGACAACCCUGACGGCGGCGCGUGGAAGCAGGGGUGGGACAUCAAGUUCUCCGCCGAGCAGUGGACGCCGGAGAACAAGCUGAGGGUCUUCGUCGUCCCUCACUCGCACAAUGACCCGGGGUGGAUCAAGACCCUGGACCAGUACUACCACGACCAGACCCGCCACAUCCUGGACCUGAUGGUGGAGAAGCUGCCAGUGGAUGAGAGGCGGAAGUUCAUCUGGGCGGAGAUAUCCUACCUCUCCAUGUGGUGGGACCAGCAGACGGAGACCACCAGGAAUGCUGUCAGGAGGUUGCUGGAGCGCGGUCAGCUGGAGGUGGUCACGGGUGGCUGGGUGAUGAGCGAUGAGGCCAACACCCACUACUUCGCCCUCCUGGAGCAGAUGCUGGAGGGACAUGAGUGGAUGAAGCUCAACCUCGGAGUGAAGCCAAACAACGGUUGGGCCAUAGAUCCGUUCGGCCUGACCCCCACCGUCGCCUACCUACACAAGCGUAUGGGCCUGGAGAACAUGGUGAUUCAGCGCGCCCACUACUCCAUCAAGAAGCAUCUGGCGCAGGAACGCAGUUUGGAGUUCAGGUGGCGGCAGGCGUGGGACCCCGGCACCACCACAGAGAUCCUGACGCACCUCAUGCCAUUCUACAGCUACGACAUCCCUCACACCUGCGGCCCCGACCCCAAGGUGUGCUGCCAGUUUGACUUCCGCCGCCUCCCUGGCACGGGCAUCACCUGUCCCUGGCGCGUGCCCCCCCAGCCCAUCACAGACCAUAACGUGCACUCCAGGGCGCUGCUGCUGCUUGACCAGUACCGGCGCAAGGCUCAGCUGUUCCGCACCAACACUCUGCUGGUGCCUCUGGGGGAUGACUUCCGGUACACCCGCGCCGAUGAGUGGGACCAGCAGUACACCAACUAUCAGCGUCUCUUUGACCACCUCAACGCACAGACAGACCUGCAUGUGGAGCUCCAGUUUGGCACCCUGGCCGACUACUUCCGGGCCCUGCAUGAGGCGGAGGGCGGCAGCGAGGGGCCGGAGGAGAAGGCUGGCCUCCCCUCGCUCUCUGGUGACUUCUUUACCUAUGCAGACCGCGACGACCACUACUGGAGCGGCUACUACACCUCCAGGCCCUUCUACAAGAGCCUGAACCGCCUGCUGGAGGGAUAUCUCAGAGGUGCGGAGGUGCUGUUCUCCCUGGCUCUGGCCUCUCAGAGCGCCCUGGGCAGCCCCCCACCCCAGGGCAUGGCCGAGGCACUGAUGGCCCGCCUGGUGGUCGCGCGGCGCAACCUGGCACUCUUCCAGCACCACGACGGCAUCACUGGCACCGCCAAGGACCACGUGGUGACGGACUACGCCCUCAGACUGGUGAAGAGCGUGGAUGACUGUCAGCACAUCAUACAACAGUCAGCUCACUACCUGCUAUCCAUGGAUCAGCGCUCCUACCAGCCCCGCCCGGACACCGUUUUCUACGAGCUCGGUGAGAAGUUCACGGAGCACACCCGCCCCCCCUCACGCAUGGUGCUGGGGCUGCAGGAGGGGGUGACUGUGGUGGCUGUGGUGUACAACCCAGACCCUCACAGACGCACACAGCUGCUCACCAUACGCACAUCAACGCCUUAUGUGGAGAUCGUCGGGCCCCAGGACAAGCCUACGCUGUGCCAGGUUGACCCGGUGUUCCUGCGGUGGGGUGAGGUCGCCAACACCCUCUACGAUGUGACCUUCCUUGCUGACCUCCCCGGGCUGUCCCUCACCUCCUACAGUGUGCGCGCCGUGGGGCCGGACAAGAUCAGGAAGGAGCUGGUGGUCCACGCCCGGGUCAUGGCUCGGGGUCCCUCCACUGCAUCCUUCCCCCCGGUGUUCCCCGUGGAGGAGGCCAAGCCCGGCGACCCCAUUGUGGUGGAGGGCGCACAUCUCUCCACAACCUUUGACCCUGACGGCCUCCUGCAGUCCAUGUCCUCUCAGGGCCGGCAGAUGAAGGUCAAGCUGGAGUUUGUCAAGUAUGGGGUCAGGAAGCACCAGGAGACCAGCGGCGCGUACCUCUUCCUGCCCGACAAGGAGGCUGAGGUGGUGGCUGGUGGUGGUGGUGGUGUGGUGGUGGUGAGGGGGCCGCUCCGCACCUCCGUCACCUCCCAACACAAGCAUGUCCUCCACUCUGUCCAUCUUGCCAGCUCUCCGGGUGUUGACGGCUGGGGUCUGGAUAUCCACAACACCGUCGACAUCUCCCCCGAACGCAACUUUGAGCUGGCCAUGCGCGUGUCCUCGGACCUGGACAGCGGCAACACCUUCUUCACCGACCUCAAUGGCUUCCAGAUCACCAAGCGCUUGCGUUACGACAAGCUGCCGCUGCAAGGGAACUACUACCCUAUACCCUCCCAGGCCUUCAUACAGGACACGCACACCCGCCUCACCAUCCUGGCCGCGCAGCCCGUCGGGGGAGCCUCACUCAAGCCUGGACAGAUGGAGGUGAUGAUGGACCGUCGUCUGAACCAGGAUGACAACCGUGGCCUGGGUCAGGGUGUGCUGGACAAUGUUGCCACACCCAACAUGUUCAGGCUGCUGCUGGAGCCGAGACUCUUCCCCAAGGAGUCUGGCACAGGGAUGAAGAGUGACGCUGCCUUCCCGUCCCUGCUGGCACACGCAUCGCUGCACAGCCUGCUAUACCCCGUCAAUCUGCUGCUGCCCACUGAUAAGACCGGAGCCAUGCAGCCGCGUUGGAGUGUCACCGGGGAGCUCCCGUGUGACGUCCACCUUGUCACCCUGCGCACCAUGCUGGAGGCCGGCACCCCCGCCCCCGCCCCCCACCAGCCCCCCAUCGCCUUCUCCCCCAGCCCCCUCAACGCCCUCCUCCUGCACCGCAUUGGGUUUGACUGUGGGUUCAAGUCGCCGGGAGUCUCAUGUUCGACCAAUGGGGGCAAGGUGCGGCUAUCUGACCUGUUCCCGACCUUGUUUGGCGAGCGUGUGCACCAGAUGUCCCUGUCCAUGCUGUACGAGGGUGUGGACAUGACCAAGGCCUACACACUCUCCCUGCAGCCCAUGGAGGUGUACGCGCUCAGGUUAUCACGCACCAGCUAGCUCCUGUUGACCUCAUUUUGACCUUUUCGCGACCUGUUCGUUUCCUUUUCCGAUCAUCAGCUGGUUUUUGGUUUUUUGUCUCCCUCCUUCCUUCCUUCUGUGUCUUUUUCCUUCCUUUCUUCAUCUCUUCCUCCUCCUCCUUCUUCUUCUUUGUUUCUAUCUGUCUCCUCUUCUUUUUCUGUCUCUCUUCCUCCUCUUCCUUUAUUUCUCCUCUAUCUCCUCUUUCCUUAUCUUUUCCCUUCCUUCCUUUCCUCUCAUCUUUUCCUCCUUCUUCUUCAUUGCUUCUCUCCAUCUCCUCUUCUUCUGUUUCUCUUUCCUUAUUUUUUCCUUCCUUCCUUCCUUCCUUCCUUCCUUCCUUCCCUCCCUUCUCUUUCCUUCAUCUCUCUCUUCUUCCUUUCCUUUUCCUUCCCUCCCUUCCUCCUUCCUUUCCUCCUCAUCAUCUCAUUCUUCAUUGCUCCUCUCUUCCUCCUCCUCCUCCUCCUCCCCCUGUUGUUGUAUAUAUAUAUAUCGCCUAAGGUUGUUAUGUAUGUGUGUGUGUGUGUGUGUGUGUGUGUGCCAAGAAUGACAUCACUUUCCUAUACCACUAUUCCAACAAGUGUUUUUAAGGUGUGUUAUUACUAUUAUUAUUAUUAUUAUUAUUAUUAUUAUUAUUAUUAUUAUUAUUAUUAUUAUUAUUAUUAUUGUUGUUGUUCUUUGUAUGGGAGGUUAUGUAUGAAAGAGAGAAAGGGAAGGGAAGGAAGGAGGGAGGGAGGAGGAGGAGACAGAUAUGAAGAGGAAGGAAGGAAGGAGAGAAAGGAGGAGGAGAGAGAGAGAGAGGGGAGGUGAAAACAGAAGGUACAGAAAAGACACAGAAGAAGGAAGAAAAAAAGAAAGAAAGAAAGAAAGAAUGUCGUCCAUGCUACAAAAAGGAAAGAAAUUAAAGAUAGAAAGAAAGAAAGAAAAAGAAAGAAAGUCGUCCAUGCUACAAAAAGGAAAGAAAUUAAAGAUACAGAAGAAAGAAAGAAAGAAAAAAGAAAGAAAGAAAGUCGUCCAUGCUUAGAAAACUAAAGAUUAAGCUCGGGUCACACUCCGAAGCUGCACACGGCCUCAGUGCUCAAAUCCAUCACAAUGGGACCCCUGAGCCUGUGAAAGACAUAGUGUAAAUAACAUCCAGAAAAUAGAAAAAUAUCCUGCCGUUGAGUGGAUAGAGUGAGACGGAAGGUUGUACAGUAUUAGCUAAAAGUGUCGGAGGCCUCGCUGGUAAUGGUGGAGUGAACUGGUACAUGAAUUUAACCCGGCAGCAGCGGGGAUCAUGUUUCUUAAAAGCCCCUCUAAGCGAGAAAAAUGAGAAGAAAUCAUCACUCACGCAAACCAUUUCAUAGUAUAUAUCAACACAUUUGUGAUCAGUUUAUGCAUCAUCUAUUUUGGGGGGUUUAUAUCACGGCAAAAAUUUGGCCUGUCAUUGCUACACGGUAAAGCCACAAAUUUGGCCUGUCACUGCUACACGGUAAAGCCACAAAUUUGGCCCGUCACUGCUACACGGUAAGAGAGAAGGGAGUGUCCAAGGAGAUAUAUAAUGAGAUGAAAGGUUGUUUAGUAGUGGUAAGAGGCACUAGGCAGUUCCGGUGAUGGAUGGGAAGGCUUAGUGAAGUGGUAUGGUAGGAGAGGAGAUGUGAAGUUUCCAGUUGAGAUUUUGAGCUAAGGAUAGACCGAGGAUAUUUAGUGUUGAAGAAGUGGAGAAAUUGGGUUUGAGAGAGAAGGGAAUGUCCAGCAAGAGAUAGAAUGAGAUAGAAAACAGCAUAGUAGUGGGUAAAGAAUGUUGGAGAAUGAUGGUGCUGGUUGGGAAGGCUCACUGGCAAGGAAGUAGGGUGGAUUAGAUGGGGUAUUUGGCUGUACCCAUUUCAGUGAAGGUCCCUUAAGCUAUGGAGCAGGUGCACAGUGUUAGGCCUGUAUGGAGACAAGAAGGAAACAGAAAGAAGAGUUGUAAAUCCGGCAAAAGUGUUCAAGACGCAGUGCUGGAAAAAAGGGUCACCAGUGCUUGAGUAAGUGCAUGGAAAAGCAGUGAAAAUGAGUGAUUCAAGCUACAAAAACUGAAAAUUACAGUGUGAUAGUGUAUUGCAGUGAGGAAACUUAAGUAAUACAGCACCAUUGAUAAGCAAAGUGUGUGAGUAAACUAUAGAGAGGACCGAAAGGAGGAGGACCUAAGAAGCAAUACAAAGCCUUACAGGUCAAAAGAAGAAGGGCGGACCAAGAGGAGGAGGAGGACCUAAGAAGCAAUACAAAGCCUUACAGGUCAAAAGAAGAAGGGAGGACUGAGAGGAGGAGGAGGAGGAGGACCUAAGAAGCAAUACAAAGCCUUACAGCUCGAAAGAAGAAGAAUAUUAAGAUGUCCAUUGGCAUUGUGUGAGUCUUGUGUUGGCAGAUACUGGAGCGGAGUGUAGGAGUGUUGUGGUGACAGGCAGCGGAGGGGAGGUGCAGGCAGGGACAGGCCGGGCGCUCACAUAGCCUUACCCUGACCAACCUCCCCUCAGUGUUGUCGCCGUGACCCGUGGCAAUAAUUGUGGUUCCUAAUAGUCUUGAUGAUAAGUUGUACCAUCACUGCAGGUUGCUAUAUUCCACUGUUAUGCCGUAGCUGUGGGAAAUGAGACUUGGCCCUCUCACGCACCAAGAGUUCAAUUUAAAGUUUCCUCUGUGACACGCUUGGGGCCCCUAAUAGUCUUGAUGAUAAGUUGUACCAUCACUACAGGUUGCUAUAUUCCACUGUUAUGCCUUAGCAGUGGGAAAUGAGACUUAAGUAACCUGGUGGUCACAUUAUUUAUUCAGUCUGACCUUGUAUAACCUAACACAGUGGGUCCAUAACAUGUUUUGGUCUGCUGAAAGGCUGUUAUUAAAAGCAUAAGUUCGUAUUUAAUUUUUUCCAGAAGUACGAUUUUUUUUUCCUAUCAGUAAGUUCACAUAUUUAUUUUUUUUCAUUUUAUUAUACUUUAUUAUAUUUUUACACUGAAAGGCUGUUAUUAAAAGCAUAAGUUCAUAUUUAAUCUUUUACAGAACUACAAUAAUUUUAUCCCUAUCAGUAAGUUUAGAUACAUUCAUUUUUUCAUGUCUUCUAUUUUCUCAUUUCAUUUUAUUUCAUUAUAUUUUUGCUCUGAAAUGUUAUGUUAUGUUAUUCAAAGCAUUAAUGUAUAUGUGAUCUUUCAUGGUAGUGUUCAUUAUCUAUUUUCCUAUCAGUAAGUUCACAUGCAUUUAAUUUUGUCUUAUUUUAUUAUUAUUUUUAUUAUUAACUUCAUGCUAUCAGUUUCUCAUGCCAGGCCCACUGUAUGAGUUGAUAUGAAAUGUUAUAAAAAGAGGGCUAUUUUUUGUUUUCCUUUCAGUAAGUCAUUCAUUUAUUAUUCAUUUCUUUAUUUAAUUAUUUUUGCUAUGCCAGUCAGUAUUUUGAAUCCUUAACCCGGUAGCAGCAGGGAUCAUGUUUCUUAAUGGUCCCCCCAAGCGAAAAAAAUGAGAAAAAAUCACCCCUCACACAAACCAUUUCAUAAUAUAUAUCCAAGCAUUUGUGGUCAGAUUAUGCAUCAUCUAUUUUGGGGGGUUUAAAUCAUGGCACAAAUUUGGCCCGUCACUGCUACACGGUAAAGCCACAAAUUUGACCCGUCGCUGCUACAUGGUAAAGCCACAAAUUUGGCCCGUCGCUGCUACACGGUAAAGCCACAAAUUUGGCCCGUCGCUACUACACGGUAAAGCCACAAAUUUGGCCCAUCGCUGCUACACGGUAAAGCCACAAAUUUGGCCCGUCGCUGCUACCGGGUUAACAGGACUCCAAUAUUUGUUUUCUUAUCAGUAACUUCAGAUGCAUUUGUAUGUUAAUUUCUUUCUUUAUUUAUUUUUUGCUAUGCCAGUAUUUCAAAUCUUUUACAGAGUUCCAACCUUUGUUUUCCUAUCAGUAACUUCAGAUGCAUUUCUCUGUUAAUUUUUCUUCAUUUAUUUUUGUUCUGCCAGUAUUUUGAAUCCUCUGCAGAGUUCCAACUUUUGUUUUCCUAUCAGUAACUUCAGAUGCAUUUCCAUAUUAAUUUCUCUAUUUAUUUUUGUUCUGCCAGUAUUUUGAAUCUUUUACAGAGCUCCAAUAUUGGUUUUCCUAUCAGUAACUUCAGAUGCAUUUCCAUAUUAAUUUCUCUAUUUAUUUUUGUUCUGCCAGUAUUUUGAAUCUUUUACAGAGCUCCAGUACUGGUUUUCCUAUCAGCAACUUCAGAUGCUUUUCUAUAUGCAUUUCUUUCUUUAUCUAUUAUAUCUGAUGCAUUUCUUUAUUAAUUUCUUUCUUUAUUCAUGCCAGUAUUUCAUUAUGCAAGGCCCGCAUUAUACCAUAUAAUUUAUUCCAUUCCAAUCCUUUACCACACCAAAACGGAGCGACUUAGUGAUGAUGGUGUUGGUACCGAAUGUUAUGUUAACCCUCAGACGGUAGUGGAACUAUAUAGAGAUGGUCCAAAAUUAAGUCAAUCAGUUUUGUAUGGCAGAAAUAUAACAACACAUCCAGGCUGUUGCGUUAAAAUGUAUAUACAGUCGUCCCUCAAAUAGUAUGAUUUCCAAUAGUUGGGUUUCGGUUUUAUACGGAUUGUCAUGGAAGAUCUUUAGGAUUUGUAAAUUUCCUGCUUGGGAAAUUUAAAAAUCCUAAAAAACCUUCUUAGAAAAUCCACAUAAAACCAAAACCAAACUAUUGGAAACCGUACUAUUUGAGGGACUGUAUAGACGAUAGUUAAAACAUCCAUUGUGCAGUGUAGCUAUAUUUAUGCUACGGUCCUAAGGUCGGCAGUGACUAUAUUUAGACCAUUCAUUUUUGGGGGGAGCCACUCUUCAAAUACUGCUGCCGUUUAAGGGUUAACAUGUACCUCUUAAGUUUUCCUUUGUUCAUGAUUAUAUUUAUUUGUAACUUCUCUGAGCCACAUACGGAACAUUGUUGGCACUGAUGAGAUCACUUACUUUCACAUUCAUGCUUGCUGGUGUGUGUGUGAGAGAGAGAGAGAGAGAGAGAGAGAGAGAGAGAGAGAGAGAAAUAAUAAAAGAAAGAAAGAAGAAAAAGAAAGAAAGGCACACAAAAAAGAGAAAGAGAGAGAGUAUUCAGUUUGGGUAAAAAGUCCCUGAGUACAUAUCACAAAAUACAGCAUACAGAAGCACAGCACCACAGACAGCACAGCACAGCACUCAGCACUCACCUACCUAAUCCCAGCACUGCAUGAAAACAAACUUCCUUCAUUCCCAAACAGUACAGCAGUAAGAGAAAGAAGGUUUAGGUCAAUUCAUGGAUAGGGAGGAUAGGUUGAAGUUGACAGGCCUCUUGCAGACUCCUUAUUUUCCUAUGUGUUCUUAUGUAUGUUAAUGUGUGUGUGGCUAAUCCAGUGUCUCACAGUAAUAUAUAUACACGCACCAUAUUUUGUACAUGUAGCCUGAGUGCGUGUGAAUAUGUGUGAGUUUCACCUCCGUUAUGUUGCAGAGGAGAAUGAUGGAAGAGUGGAGUACAGGCCUGGCAUGUGUGGAGUGCCAGUUAGCUAGACACCUUCAAGAGAGGAAAGUUUAGAUUAAUUCAUGUACAGGGAAGGAGGACAGCUUGUAUUAAGUUAACAGGCCUCAUACAGACUCCUUAUUUUCCUAUGUGUUCUUAUGUAUGUUAAUGUGUGUGGCUAAUCCAGUAUCUUACAGUAAUAUAUGUCUGCACUGUAUCUUCUACAUGUAACCUGAGUGUGUGUGUGUGUGUGUGUGUGUGUGUGUGUGUGUGUGUGUUGUCUGCCCAUGCCUGCUGUACCUGACCUGGCAUGUGGUGUGACCUUCCUUACCCCCAGGCUCCAGUGUGCCCUGUCCCCCCGCCAGGCUGAGUGGUGGCUGCAGGGGCUUGGAAAUCAUUCUAAAUACAUUCCUUUUGUGCCGUGACUGCCGUGCCUCACUAAUUAUCAUGGUUAUUAUUUUCUCUUUCCUCUUUUCUUCUUCUUUCUCUCUUCUCUAUCUACAGUGUUAUUAUCCUCUCUCUUUCCCUCUCCAUCUCUCUCUCUCUCUCCCUCUCUCUCACACCCUUACUAAAUUAUCAUGGUUAUUUUCUUUUUCCUCUUCUCUCUCCUUCUUUCUCUCUUCCCAUCUGUUCUCUCUCCUCUCUCUUUUCUCUGUGUGAAGGUCCUCCAUUUUAUGAUUUUCUGUCUUAUGUUCCUACGAGGCUGUGUGUGUGAUUCAUUGUGUGCUGUGUAGUGCUGAGGGCGUUCUUUCAUGCUGUGCCGAGGUGCUGAUCAACCACAAGCGCAGCGUUAAGCCUACAUCAUGACAGUGCUGUGUUGAGUGGGACUGAGUUGUGUUGCAUUGUGCUGAGUGUGGCUGUGUUAAGCCUACAUGACAGUGCUGUGUUGAGCCUAUGAACUAAUGGACUAUAGCAAGAGUUUUUACACUGUGCACAUUAUGACGCCCAAACAGUCACCAUAUCAAGUUUGUCCCCAUGCAAGACAGUCCCGUGUGAGUCGUGUAUGCAUCUCGUCACAAAGAGAGAGAAGGGCGAGAGUGUUUGUCGUUGAUGCUGUCGGACGUGCGAGAGAGGUGACCUGAUGACGGCUCUUGGCAAUAAAGUUCCCGGUUCCCA